GUUUUUAAUGCAGCAAGAUAGUAGUGUUAUUUCAACAGUGUUCAAGAUAAAUUUUGCUAUUUAUACCGCAGACAAAAACAGACGCUUCACAUAAAGCAAAAUCAUCGUGACCGACAAGGUAAAAUAUGGCUGCACCUCAAGAAAAAGAAGCUUUGGAUCAGAGAGCACUAAAUAACUUUAUAGAGUACCUGCAAAUUCCAUCGGUUCAUCCAAACGUCAAUUACGAUAAAUGUGUGGAAUUUUUAAAGGCACAAGCAAAAUCCCUGGAUCUUCCUGUUAAAGUAGUGGAACCUGUGCCUAAAAAACCCAUUGUUAUAAUAACAUGGAUUGGAUUGGAACCAAAUCUGCCUUCGGUGGUUCUAAAUAGCCACACUGAUGUAGUGCCUGUUUUUAAAGAAGACUGGACCAAAAAGCCUUUUGCUGCUGAUAUAAUUGAUGGAAAAAUUUAUGCUAGAGGCACCCAGGACAUGAAAAGUGUUGGAAUUCAGUAUAUUGAGGCUAUAAGACGACUUAAAGCUCAGGGUAUCAGAUUCAAAAGGACUGUGCAUUUAACAUUUGUGCCAGAUGAAGAAAUUGGGGGAAUUUUGGGUAUGAAGGAAUUUAUAAAAACGCAGGAUUACAGGGAUUUGAAUGUUGGUUUUUCUCUUGAUGAAGGUAUGACAAGCCCCAAUGAAGAAUACAUGUUAGCUUAUGCAGAAAGAAGCAUUUGGCAUAUCCAUAUUCACUGUUCAGGACAUGCCGGACAUGGUUCUCUUUUAUUAAAAAACACUGCCGGUGAAAAAGUUAACUAUAUAUUGAAUAAGUUCUAUGAGUUUAGAAAGGAGCAGGAGCAGAAAUUAAUUGACAAUCCAACUUGGACUCUUGGGGAUGUAACUACAGUCAACCUAACUCAGUUAAAGGGUGGUGUCCAGUCGAACGUAAUUCCUCCCGAAAUGACGAUCGUGAUCGACUGCCGAAUUCCUACAACCGUCGACAUCAAAGCAUGGGAGGAAACAAUAAACAAAUGGUGCAAAGAGGCGGGUCCAGGAAUAAAAAUUGAAUACGAGCAAAAACAACCGCAAGUUGCGCCUACUAAACUUGACAACUCCAACCCGUUCUGGGUGGCUUUCAAGGGCGCCACUGACAGCUUGGGUCUGAAGUUGAAACCACAAUCUUUUCCAGGCGGAACUGACAGUAGAUACUUGAGAGGAUUAGGAAUUCCCGCGUUAGGGUUUUCUCCUAUAAAUAACACACCAGUUCUUUUACACGAUAACGAUGAAUUUAUUGGGAUAGACACGUUCUUCAAAGGAAUUGAAGUUUACUGUAAAAUUAUACCUGCUGUUGCUAAUGUUCAAUAAUCAUUAAAUUAUUUAUAUUAAAAGUUUUCUAUGCAUCAUAAAUAUAUAAAUUUAUAUUUUAUUUAUUU